AAUGGCUGGCUGUCAGGCUGAGCAAUUAAAUUGAGAAGAACACUACGUCUGUUAAGCCCACUAAUCUCACAGCUCACUGGUGCCCAUUCUCCUCCAUUCGCUUUGCUCGCUAGACAACAGACAGUCCCCCGUAGCAGCAGCAGAGGAUAGUAGCUCGGUCCAGUACGUCUCGGGUGAAGCAGAGCAGAUCGAUGGCGCUCUCUCGUCGCAUGGCCGCCUCCACCCUCCUGCUGCUCGUCCUCCUCGUCGCCACAGAGAUGGGGGCGACGACGACCAAGGUGGCGGAGGCACGGGACUGCCUGUCGCAGAGCUUCAAGUUCAAGGGCGCGUGCCUCAGCAGCAGCAACUGCGCCGGCGUGUGCCGCACCGAGAACUUCCCCGACGGCGAGUGCCACAGGCAGCACUUGGAGCGCAAGUGCUUCUGCAAGAAGCCCUGCUAGUCCGCCCGCUCGCCCCUCCCCAGCCGGCCAGCGCCGAGACGUCCGAUGCUAGAUCAUCCUAGCCGUGCGUCCACGUUCGUCCGUGUGUCCCUCUUAGUAGAACUAUAAUAAAGUAGAAAAUCAAUCGGAGUCUCGGUAGUUUAUAUGCCUGAUUUGUGUGUGGUGAUGUUCUAAGUAUGGUCGUUGUUUCAGCAUGGAUGGACAUGCGCAAUGCAA